AGUUACUCUCACUUGUAGGUGAUUGAUCAAAGAGCUCACCUUUGAGUACAGAAUACAGCUGCUGUUUACAAACUUACAACAUACGCUCCAUGGCAUUUGUUCGAAACCUACGACUUGUCUCCCGCUUGUCGUCAAUGAGGCAGUCAGCCGUGUGGGACUAAGUUUAACACUUAGACUCGCACUUAGAAUACAAGCAUAAACAUUCAUUGUCAUGUCCUGCAUGCUUUCUUAAUCGAUGUGUUAGGAAUCUGGUCAAUGUUCAGUCUAUGAGCUUGUGUCACCACUAAACACUGUAAAGUACACCACUGUCUACCUCAUGGACAUGCCAUGUCUACUAAGGGAACAGUUGUUGAAUUGCGUAUCUAUGAGCUGAAACCAGAAUAUUUUAAGCCUUUCUUAGAACUAAUAGAAAAACACUGGCACAUUCGAUGUGCAGAUUCCAAAAGCCUGGGAUUCUGGAUCUCUGAUCUAGGUGGCAUCAAUGAGGUCAUCCACAUGUGGCAGUAUGAUAGUCUUAUUGAUCGAGCACUCAAACGCAAGAAGUUAUUGGAGAAUAAAGAGUGGCAAAAAGGUUUCCUUCCCAAGUUCUUCCCUAUGUGCUCCAAGAUGACCAAUGCUCUACUGUCUGUCACUGAAGGAUCCAAACUUACCACUGACUUUACACAAUCAUCUCCAGCGGUGUAUGAGCUACAGAUAUGUGAAGGACAAUAUCCACAAGAAAAGGUUUAUUCUAGUGAGUUUCUGGUUGGAAGAUUCACUGGUGUGUAUGGACCAAUCAAUACAGAAUACCUACUUUUUCGUUACAUUGAUGGCAACACUGCAUUUAAUCAUGCUUUACAAAGAAAUCAAGGGAAAAGCAUCAAAGGAUAUUCCAGAUUUAUGAUCCCCAGUGCAUGGUCUCCAAUGAAAUAAUGACUGACCUACAUAUCCUUGUGUUGCGGCCCCGUGCUUCUCGAGGAGUAACAAGGAAUAAACUAAACUACAUAUUCUUGGGUGGUGGGGAGUUGAAAGGUUUUGUUUGUGAGAAGAUUAAGCAGUUGUAGUAACCUGUGAUAGAAAUAUAAACAGUUUAAUGCAUUACACUAAUGCCCUGGUGGUCUAGUUUUAAUGGGACUCAUCUAGUGAUAAGUUUUGUAAGCUUAUAAAAUUUCAUCAUGCAGGGCAGGUAAUUAAAAUGUAAUGGAAGCAUCAAAAGUAAAGAAAUAAGCAUGCAAAGCUAAGAUCUAUACUGGUACUAAAAAGUAUCUUAAAGUUCUCUUUUACUUUUGUGUUGGCUUAUAUACAAAGAGUUUGUAAUAUAUUUUUGUAUAAAUCCUUACUGCCAGUCUAUAUUGCUUUCUGUGGAAAUCUGUUUAUAUAAUCCUAUGUCAAAAUGAAUGUUGGUAGGGAUUGCCUUUUUUUGUUGUUGUUAGAUUCAUUUUAUAACUGCUUGUAAUCUAGAACAGUUUUAAUGAAAAUAAAAGUGUCUUUGUUUUUUGAGUUUGA